GAUUUUCGUCCUUGACAGUCUUUUCAAAAUCCCAUCCAUUGUUGCCAAGUCUACUGAAAUGGACAUUAUUUCUAAUGGACACCGGAUUGUUUUACGGCCUGUACAAUAAUUGUAGAAUUGUGAAAACUAAUCGAACAUUUUAUUUUAAAUAUUAAGAACGUACCUACGGGAAACCUGAUUACGGCAACCAAGAGAGGACUUAUGAAACUUAGGAAUGAACAGAGUCGUGAUGCUACUUGAUAUGGACUGUUUCUAUGUUCAAGUUGAACAACGGGAAUUUCCUGAAACUAAAGGGAAGCCGUGUGUUGUUUCACAGUAUAGUGAGUGGAAAGGUGGAGGAGCUUUAGCCAUAAGUUACGAAGCCAGGGCUCUAGGUAUCAAGCGUGGGAUGUUUAGUGAUGAAAUUCGAGUUCAGCAUCCAGAAGUGAUUAUUUUCAAAGUUCCUGAGAAACGAGGUAAAGCAGAACUUACAAGAUAUCGGGAUGCGAGUUCUGAAGUGAUUCAGUGUAUAUCCGAAUUUACUAGCGAUAUUGAGAGGGCUAGUAUUGAUGAGGCCUACGUUGACUUAACUGGUAUCGUAGAUUCAGUUUUGGUCCAGGAUGACAAUUUGUCAUCACUGCAGCCCAAUCCAGAGUCUUACGUGUUAGUUAGUAGCGAUAUUGCUGAGGAGUCAAAGUUAGAACUUACCAAAACCAACUGUGUUUCGCUCAACGGUGUUGAUUGGAUCCAGUUGCUAGACUCUAAUUUUGCAGAAGGAAGGCGAUUAGCUGUAGCUUCUGAAUUGGUAUACCGCAUUAGACAGGCUGUAUUUACAAAAACAGGAUUUAGAUGUUCCGCUGGGAUUGGUCCAAAUAAAUCUAUCGCUAAAUUGGCAUGCAGUCUAAAUAAACCAAAUAAACAAACAAUUAUUCCGCAUGAAUCAAUUCCCAUUUUAUUGGAAAAUACUCAUAUAAGUAAAAUACGUAAUUUAGGUGGUAAACUUGGAAGUGCUGUUGUUAAACAAUUAAAGAUUGAGACACUUGGUCAGCUAAGUUCAAUUCCAUUGUCUGUGCUCACAAAAGAAUUUGGUGAAAAAACAUCAAAAUGGCUUCAUGACUUAUCUCAUGGGAUUGAUCAUGAAGUAGUUACUACUCGAUCACUUCCAAAGUCUGUUGGUUGUAGUAAAAAUUUCCUUGGACGUGCAACACUUACAUCAAGUGAACAAAUUAAACGAUGGUUAUUGUGCUUAGCUGAAGAAAUAUUUGAAAGAUUAGAUGUUGAUUAUCAUCAACAUCAACGUUAUCCUACUCGAUUAAUUCUUUAUGCACGUACAACCAAUGAUCCAGGAUACAUUGGUGGGAUAUCACGUACACUUCCGUCUAAUCUUUUACAAUUCAUUGGUUAUGGAAAUCGAAGUAUCAUGAAUAAUGAUGAUGGAAAUUGUAGUAAUACUAGUGAUUUAGAUAACAAAUUACUUAAGUAUACAAGUCAAAUUGAAAAACUUGCAAAUACUGCUUUGGUCAUUUUGAAGGAAGUCCUUUUUAAAGGGGAAGCUCCGGAAAUAUGGGAUCCUGGUAUAAAUUCUUUAGGUCUUUCAGCUGGGAAAUUCUUAUCUAAUUCCUCUACUUCAAAUGUUGAUAUUCGAUCUUUAUUACAAAAAAAACAAAUAGAAUCUAUAAAAUAUGAUACUGUUGUUCAGCAAGAAUCAAUGGUAUCUAUUCCACCUGAAAAGUCUAUAUCACCAUCUUUAGUUAAAUUGUCUUCUGAUAAUGAUGUUAAAAAUGAUACAGUCAACAUUUCACCUGAUAGAAAACGUAAUUCUAAUGAUUCUACUGUAAAUAUUAACACAAAUAAUCUUUCAUUUUUUAAACGUUUGAGAGUCGCUGAAAUCUCAGCUCCAUUUCAUCCAACUCCAUUGAUUGACAAUCUCAAUAUUAAUAAUAAUACUACUACUACUAAUGAUAAUAAUACAAGUGAGAAUAAGAAUUUUUUAUUAGUAGAAAAUCAAAGUGGAAAACUCAUUUCCAAUUCAAUAACACCACCACCAACAGCAACAACCAAUGUACAAUUGCAUCAAUCAUUAGAACAGAAUAAAUCAUCCACACUAGACGAUUCACCUUAUUUAGAAGUUGACUCAGAAUCACGUCAUUCAACAUCAACAACUUCAGAUUCGUCUAAUUUUUUCAAAUCAUAUUCAAUUGGUGAUUGGAUUAUUUGUGAUAAAUGUAAUUCACGUAUAUCUGUAUGGCAAUUACCAGAACAUGAAGAUUUUCAUAUAGCUCAACGUAUACAACAUGAAUGGUCAAAUAAAGAAGUUAAUAUAAAUACAACAUCAAUAGAGACAUCAUUAACAAAAUCUAAUGAUACUACUAAUUCAAAUCAAGUAAAUAAUUCAUUAAUAAAUAAAAUAUCUCACAAUCAAAAAUCAACUAAAAUCAAAUCUAAUUUAAAACAAUCAAAAUCAAUAAAAAAACAUCAAAAAUCAAUUAAAUCUAAUUCUGGAAGUUUAGAUCAAUAUUUUCAUAAAAUCCCUUAA